CUCCAAGAUCACUCAAGCACUCUCUCUCUCUCUCUCUCUCUCUCACUAGAACUCCCCUUUGGUGUUUUGGGUUCAAACCCUAGAGAAAGAAACCAAUUCCUCUCCAAAAACCAGAUCCUCCUUUCUCUCACCCCGCUGCUGUCAUUGUAUUUUCCCGAAAGUGAUCAAUUCAUGAACGUGGUGGCCAGUUCACGAUCGUGAAUACCUAAACGCGUCUGUGAACUCAGUCGCCUCCAAAACGCACCGCUUUGCUUCCUGGGUUCACGGUCAAUGGCCACAGUCUUGGUCUUAGAGAACGUGAACUGCCUUGUCAUUAGUAACUUCUGGAACCUCGCUGGACGCCUUGGUGUUCACGGUUUGUGGUCGAAGUUCGCGAUCUUAGGAGACCGUGAACUACCUUGUCCGGUCGUGAACUGCAGCUGUUUCCUGGACGCUUGCACUUCACUAACGGACUUUUCCUUGAUUUUUUGCGCUUUUUGAGAUCCAAUUAUCCCAAAACUCGUCCUCGACCCUUCCACAAGUGCUAGGACCUGAAAUGUAUCAAAACAAGCACAACCUAGCGUGAAAUAUGUCGAGGAACGAUGAAAUACUAAGCUAAAAAAAUAAGAAAUAAGGGGUAAAAUGUGUACAUUUGGGCCUGAAUCAUAACUUCUAAAGUUCUUACUAAAUAUUGAGAAAAUUGUGUGAAAAGCGUUUUUAAUUUGACAUAAAGUUAAAUUUGGGUAAAUUUUUUAGAAAAUGAAAUGUGCGAAGUGUAUUUCGGAGGAGAGUCAGUUUAAUGUAAAUUGAAUGCUCUACCCUUGACCGGAUUUAAGGAGAGAUAUCUCCAUGUUCGAUAUCUGGGACUGGCUCUGUUAUCUGGUAAACUGAGCUCUGUGGAUUGUGAUGUCUUGAUGGAGAAGUUGACUAAGCGCAUUCUUGGCGCUAAAAAGUUGUCGUACGCAGGUCGAUUACAGUUAGUCUCCUCUGUAUUAAUGGGUGUGAUUUUUACUAAGGCAAAACACGAGUCUGAGGAGUUGAGGCUUCAUAUCUGGAGUUUGAGAAGGAACCAUAAGGUUAUUCAAGCUGGGAAAAAUAGAGUGAAAUAUUCUAAACCCAGAAUGGGCAUUGAUUGAUCUCGACUUGCCUGGGAAGGCGAAGAUCAAAGGGUCCAAAGAUGCUAGCUGGAGCUGCCAGAAAUCCGAGUUCCAUUCGGAUUCCAUGUUCUUUGCGGAAUUACUUGUUAGUUCGUUUCCCAGUUAAAUUAGGUUAACUUUAGUCCUAGUAUUAGUUUGUUUGUAGUUGAUUAAGCCUAUAAAAGGCCUCGUUCUCGAGUUGUAACACAUAGACUUGAUUUAUGAAGGAAAACCCAAAAUUUCCCAACAUUUGAGUUGUGAAUUUUCUUUGUUUUGGUUGCAAUCAAAACUUGAUGAAUCUCGGCCUAUUAAUCGAGCUAUCCCACUUGAUUACAUCGAAGGAAUCCCGAUAGCAAUUUUGCCUCCUCCCAGGUGUGAGGAUUCCCUCUCGUUUCCAUCCAAUUUCGUCACAAAACAAGCUUCUCAAGCUUGUUUGGAUUCCCAUGUUUGUGUGGAGUGAGUGAAGGAGCUCAAGUUCCUUUGAUUGACUGCGUGAUUCUGAUCAAACACCUACCUUGGGUGUUAUCAAGUGGCAUCAGAGCCAAGGUUCUGCAUAGCGGCAACAAGGAUGACGACAUCAAAAGAAGGCGGCGCCGGAGCAAGUCACUGGACAAGGUCGAAGGGCCCUAUCUCAGGUGACCCUGCCUUGCUACUCUCGGAACAAAAGAGGAAGAAGAAGCAGGUGGCGACAGUGAGCAAGGCGAUCUACGUGGGCACCCAGCCUGCUGAAGAACGUGCAAAAGACGCGAUGAGUGAUACCGAAUCCGUCACCAUGGCGGGAUUACAACAAUUCUUUCAAGAACAAGUUGUUUCCCUGCUCCAAAAUCAGUUGGAUAAGCAUGACGAGAAGUUUACAACUCUCACGGCCAAAUUCGACAACUUGUCUCAACAAGUCUCGAUUAUCAGUCAAAAGGGUGGACCAAUAGCAGCAACGCCACUCGAAAAGCAGGCGUCGACGCAACCGGAGAAAUCUAGGUAUCCCUGCAAGGCCGAGAAACACAGGGCAUGAUCAGGCUCUGGCCGAGCAAUUUCAUGAAUUGGAACAACAAUUGAUGACUCUAGAAGUCAAUUCUGACAACCAACAACCACUCAAUCGACAUAGAGGGGGAUUUCCGCUGCCGAAUCAAGAAGCAGAGGAAGUUCCAAUCUCGAAAUUGCAGGGAAUCAAAUUGUCUGUUAUGUCCUUUCAAGGAACGAUUAAUGCCUCUGCCUAUUUGGAUUGGGAGAGAAAAAUCUUGUUAUUCUUCUAGUGUGGCCAUUAUACCGAUUCACAAAAAAUUGCAUUGGCCACUUACGAGUUUACAGACUACGCCGCUCAGUGGUGGGAGCAAGUUCGCCACCGACGAAAACAGAACAUGCGUCCUUCGGUGACGAUGUGGGAAGAGUUACGAGGUCUGAUGCGUGAGCGUUUUGUACCGGCUUACUAUCGUCGUGAAUUGCACGAGUCUCUGCAAUCCAUUUGUUAGGGAUCGAGAUCGGUCGACGACUACUACAAAGAGCUUGAGAUGCUCUUGACUCGGGCCGACAUUCGCGAAGACUCGGAUGCCACUAUCUCUAGGUUUUUACAUGACCUAAACCGGGAGAUUCGGAAUGAGGUGGAGUUGCGCCAAUUUAUCGACCUAGAUGAGGUAGUCCAGCUCGCAAUUAAAGUCGAGAAGCAGC